AGAACAGCGUGUGUUUUUAGUAAGCCGUAGUUUGAUAUGGUUUGACUCGUUUCCUCCAGCAGGACUCACGCCAGCCCGUGUCUUUUAUUUUGGUGGGCUCACACUCCGCAGCAGAAUGGAUGAAUACUGUUUUUGAAGAACUCCACAGUGAAGUCUUAACUGGGACGAUAUAUUUUUAACUACCUGUACCACUUUUUUUUCCUCUCCAAAAGGUAGUCUCGUCGAAAAGUGUUGGAUCGCGCAGAAUGUGGACAAAACAAGAAAUGCAUAAAGUGAGGAAAAGUGAAGUGUGAGGCUGAGAAUGUGGCGGGGACACCACGGGGCAACUGGGCUGCAAGUUUCCUGAGCUUUGGAGAUUUGACGAGAGCGCAACAAGAGUGGAAAGUGUUAAUGCUGCGCGUUGGGUCAGCCCUGCAGAAUAUUCUGUGUUAAUUGUCAGAUAAGCGCAUUACCUCAUAGAAUAUCUGACUUUAAAUCAAACUAUAUGGACAGUCAUUAAACAAGGGUCAAUGUUCAUUUAGUUAACAAAGAAAUCCCACUGGAUUCAAAGUAAUCUACAGCACUUUUCCCAGAUUAUUUGAGUGCCCCCCUCUUCCGAUCCUUUUCCCUUCAUUUUUGCAAUUCUGAUUCCCGAAGUGGCUCCGAAGUGGUGUUGCGGCUCCUCGUCCCCGGCGGAUCCGGAGAUUGGAGUCUCUGCACCGGGAGGAGCCCCGGCCACACCGCAGGCUCCCAAGAGCGGCCGCGUCAAAAGGAUGGUGCGACUGGCGGCGGAACUGCUGCUGCUCCUGGGACUCCUACUCCUUACCUUGCACAUCACGGUGCUGCGGAGCAGUCCGCUGCCCCAGGGAAAUGAAACUCUGAGCCUGGAUCAGGACACAGCACUUACAGAGCAGAACAAUAUAAAUGCGAAAAGCAGCUCCUCCACCCAACUGGCUCCUGAAGACCGAAGAUCUGGUCCGGAACACCGGUUGGCCCACCGGCCUGCCACACUCCCCUGGGCACAAGGCAGCAACGUACACAGAGACGGCCCCGGAGCUUUUCUCCUAGAUCUGCACAACUUUCCUGACCUCUCCAAAGCCGAUAUCAAUGGACAGAAUCCCAACAUACAGGUGACCAUCGAAGUGGUGGAUGGACUGGAGGGUCACGAGCCGGAAAAAGGUUUCCGUAAGGAGAGCAAACCCAACUGGGCUUCUCCGAACUGGAGAAACUGGUGGCCUCACUCUUCUUCCCCCUCCUCUUCCACCACUCAUCAAACAGAGGACCACGAUCGCACCUACGGGAGCAAUGGCGAGGACAGCAACUUCCUCAGGCCGCCUGCAGACUGGGACAGGAGAGGAGGCACUGGGGGAGGAAGCAAAGCUCAAACUGAAUAUGACUAUAUGGACGGAGAAGGGGACUGGAGUAACUGGACAGCUUGCAGCGUCACAUGUGGAAAUGGCAACCAGAAGAGAACCAGGUCGUGUGGUUACGCCUGUACAGCCACCGAGUCCAGGACUUGUGACAUGCCCAACUGCCCAGGUAUUGAAGAUGCCUUCAAGACAGCGGCUACUGAAGUGAGCCUGUUAGCUGGAACAGAUGAGUUCAAUGCCACGGAGCUCUUUGGUGUUGACACGGACAGCUGUGAGCGAUGGAUGAACUGCAAAAGCGACUUCUUGAAGAAGUACAUGACCAAGGUGGAGAACGACCUUCCCAGCUGCCCUUGCUCUUACCCCACUGAGGUGGCGUACAGCACAGCAGACGUACACGAUGCGCCCACACGCAGAGAUUUCCGAUGGAAAGACGCCAGCGGGCCAAAAGAGAAGCUGGAGAUCUACAAGCCCACGGCCCGUUACUGCAUCCGAUCCAUGCUGACGCUGGAGUCCACCACGCUGGCUGCACAGCACUGCUGCUACGACGACAGCAUGAAGCUCAUCACUCGCGGCAAAGGGGCCGGCACGCCCAACCUCAUCAGCACAGAGUUCUCGGCCGACCUGCACUAUAAGGUGGACAUCCUGCCCUGGAUCAUCUGCAAAGGAGACUGGAGCCGCUACAACCAGGCCAGACCGCCAAACAACGGGCAGAAGUGUCCCGACAACCCUCAGGACGAGGACUACUACAAACAGUUUGAAGAAGCGAGGGAGUUCUAGUCGGCUGUGGAGUGAAAGGAAAAACAUACACUGCUUAAAUAUUCAGCUAAACCUCAAAAAUGGUGCUGAAACCAUUUUUUUAAAAUUCUGUUUUAGAUCAAAUAACAAAAGAACUUUUAGGCUCUGAGGAACAAGACUUUCUGCUCUUUGAACCAAGAGGAAUGGAAAUCCAACAGAGUCAGAACACUUCAAUGCUCUCAAGGACAUUUUUUGACUUUACCAAAACCAGCCACAAAACAUUGCUCUGUUUUUUAAAAACAUUUUUUUUAUAAAAUAUUUUAAAAAAAGAAUGGAAAUUUUGCCAGUAAUUGUGUCAACAAGAGUAACCCUCAGAUCUGGUCACUAAAGGGAGAACAAAGUUUGUAUUCUUAAAAAGGGAAAAUUAUUAUUCUAGGAAUGUUCGUUUAGAUUGUGUCCAUGUCCGUUGUGUCCAUAGAUUGUUUAUGUUUGGUGAAUCUGAGAGGCCUGUGGUAAUAGAAUAAUGAGAUCCUUCAGGAAUGUGUUGGGUGGGGGGGCGGGGACAGAGAACAGGGUUAUCUAAUUUUCUCCCAUUUUGUCAUUCACAAUAUCCAGGUUCUCAUGUAAGCUUGUGAGUUUAUUUAGCAUGCACAUUUUUUUUUUUACCAUUAAUUUACAACCAUGUCCCUUGUGUCUCUGAGGCAGAUCUUUAUUGUAAAAAGCCUGCAUUAUUUUUGUAAAGUAUUUAUUAAGUUGUAGCUGUGUCUGAUGGGUGUCUAUGACUGUGGUUUCUGAUUCACAUAUGGCUGAAUGCUAACUUGAGAUUCCUCUCUAGCUCAAACUUUGGCAUAAAUGUGUGUAUUUGUGUCUCAAGUUAGGAUUA